AUGGCGCCUAAGAUUGGUUCCGUUGUUAUGGCGAUUAUUGUAAGCCUUGCCAUGGUCUCGCUGGUCGCCGGGAGUUCUGGGACUGCGACUUUCUAUACGCCUCCUUACACACCGUCGGCGUGCACGGGGUUCCAGCAGGAAGGGACGAUGAUCGCGGCGGCGAGCGACGCGUUCUGGAACGGCGGCGCGGCGUGCGGGAAGAUGCUGGCGGUGACCUGCGUCGGCGCGACGAACCAGGGGGUGCCGCAGCCGUGCACCGGCCGGAGCGUCACCGUCAAGAUCGUCGACUACUGCCCGGCGGGCUGCCGGGGCACCAUCGACCUCUCGCAGGAGGCCUUCGCCGCCAUCGCCAACCCCGACGCCGGCAAGAUCCUCAUCGAAUACCACGAGGUCUAGUUGAAGCGGAUUUGCAGGGUCAGUAGCAAUAAGAUGGAUGUAG